AUGAGGUUCAACACAGCAAAGUGCAAGGUUUUGCACUUGGGCCGGAAGAACCCCAGGCACCGGUACAGGCUGGGAGGAGUGGUCCUUGAGAGCAGCUCGGCAGAGAAGGACCUGGGGAUCCUGAUGGACGAGAGACUUAACAUGAGCCAGCAGUGCGCUCUGGCAGCUCGGAAAGCAAAUGGGAUCCUGGGCUCCAUCAGGAGAGGGAUAACUAAAAUAGAAAACAUCAGUCAUUUGAGUGAUCUGAGAGUGUUAAACCUCGCCAGAAACCUACUGACUAUUGUAGAAAACCUUAAUGGACUGGAUUCACUCACAGAACUCAACCUUCGUCAUAAUCAAGUCUCUGCUAUAAAAGAUGUGGAUUCUUUGCCCUGUCUCCAACGUCUCUUCCUCAGCUUCAACAAUAUAUCUAGUUUUGAGGAUAUUCUGUGCCUUGCUGAUUCCUCAUCUUUGUCAGAUAUCACCCUUGAUGGCAAUCCAAUAGCUCAGGAGACAUGGUACAAACACACUGUUCUCCAUCAUAUGAUGCAGCUCCGACAGCUAGAUAUGAAGAGAAUCACAGAAGAAGAAAGACGUAUGGCAUCUGUUGCAGCAAGGAAGGAGGAAGAAAGGAAGCGUGAAAGCCAUAAGCAGACAUUGCUGAAGGAAAAGAAACGGUUGACAAUUUGUAAUAUUGCUCACCAGUGGGAGAUACAACAGAAUCGAACAGCUCUUGUGGCUUCUUUAAACCAAGAUAAAGAUAACGAGCCCUGUCAGAUCAAUGGCAAUGCUGUGUAUGUAUUUCCUGAAGAAAACAGGUCUCUUGAUACAAUAUUGAGCAGUGCAGUACAAGGCUUGUCUGUUCUUGAGUCUCAUUUAGUGGAAGUGGAAGGAGACACUCUUUGCUUGUAUGGUGCUGGAGCACUGGAGUGCCUGGAUAGAAACUGGAGUAUUCAAACAACUGGAACUAUUGUCACAGUCUCCUUUAUGUUCAUAGAAUUUGAUGAAAUUGUUCAAGUGUUAACAAAACUGAAGAUAAAAUUUCCUAAUUCUGUGCACCUGAAGUUUAAGGAGACAAAUCUUGUGAUGCUGCAGCAGUUCAAUGCAUUAGCCCAGAUGCAUCGCAUUGAACAGUUAACAGUUGAUCCUCAGGGCAAUCCGGUUGUCAACUUUACUUUGUGGAAAUACUAUGUUCUGUUUAGACUGAACCAUUUUAAUCUACAGAAGAUCAAUGGAGUAAAGGUUACUGAAAAUGAUAUUGUAAUGGCAGAAAGGCUCUUCGGAAUUCUGGCAUACGUAGCAUCUUCUGAGCUGCCACAUUAUCGCAUGCUUUCGUUAUUGGGAGAAUCUAGAAGGAAGCAAUUCCAUUACCUGCUGGAGGGAAAGGGAAAGAAAUCUGGGACUGGGAGUGAGGAAGGUAGUGAUAACAGAAGGAAUGGAAGAGAAAGCACAACUCGAGCAAUGCUGAAUUACACAACAAAGGACUUACAUAUGGAAAAGCUUGAGGAAAUCAAGGAGAGAAAAACAUUUUGCCAGACGUACAUCGAGAACUUAGUGAAAGAAGCAGCUGACAUCAAUAUGAAAAAUGAGUCGUUGCAGAAGCUCUGGCCUCAAAUGUUCAUUGAGCUUGUUAGAGAUGCAGUGAUAGAAAUACGCAAUAAAAAUUCCUACAUGAAACUCUGCUUACAGCGGAUCACUGAUCAAAAGGAGUAGAAUCAAGGCUUGUUGUCUUGGAAGCUUUUGGUUUCAGUAUUCUCUGAUGUUUUACAAACUUAAAAUAACAGAAUAUAAAAUUACCAUCACUAUGGCAUACUUCAUCCCCCCACCCUCCAAAGGGAUGCCUCUCAAUCUUAAUUAACUCUUGAUAGUUUUGAAAUCAAAGUUUACAUGCAUACUGCUUUAACAAUGCUUCCUUGCCUAAAGUGAUGAGAUAGCACAGAAGUAACUUGGUGAUUGUCAUGUUUUACUAAGUUCUUGUUUAUUUUUUUCUGCUACCCUUGUUUCUGUAGUGCUACAGCA